ACACCGAACCCGCCCCGAGCCCGCACCGCCCGCAUCUACCGCAUCGCACAAUUGUAAAGUCCGCGAAAGCGCGGACUUUAAACAGCCCAUUUUACAGUUUACGCGGACUCAUGUGUCCCCUUGCCCAGAUUUUAGCGAGGACGAUUGUGAAUUGAGCUCGUGACGUGCAGAUCAAAUAUUUCCAUUGUAUAAGCCUCCUGUUUCUUUGUCUGCUUAUUUUUCCGUUUGCCGUGCUUCUGUUCUGUAUUUAUCCCGUCGCUCAUGACGAAUCGCAGGGCUGUGUGGUCUGCGGCAACAAAAAACUCCAAUAAGGCCAAUCGCCGUAAUAACAGCGCCUAUCAGCCUGGCUGAGCAAAUAAAAGUGGCCGAGCCCAUUCUUUCCUCGUUCAUCCUCGAAUCGGUACGCCAUUCGAGUAAGGCUGGACUGGAAGGCUUCCUCACUGUCGGGUAACAGCACGGCAAAAUGUACUUACGCAGCGAUCCCCCAAAACGGUUGUUGGUGCGCCGUGUCAGGACCAAACCAUUAAAUCAAUAGAUCCUACUGAAUCAAGGAACAGUCAAACUAUUGCCCCGGGUAAAGAACGAGUACACCCACAUCGCAAACUAUGACAGUAAGAGCCUGGGACGAUGAACGGUAUUAGCCGCACCACGCAGCAUCAUAGCUCGAGUUAUCUGAUCACCACGCCAGCCAUUUCGAAUCGCACCCAGCAUGUCGGACAAUGCAGAAUCGCCGUCCGAAUGGGGACUAACAGCGAGGUGUCGCUGCCGAAAUGCUCACCACGGGACCGUGUUAGCCACACCAGUUGAGGGGCCACCGGCGUUGCUGUAGACCGACGCCGAUGGGUGACUCCCAUGUCCGCGGACCUUUCCGCCGAUGCGACAGGGCUGGAUUGACUUUGCAAAACUGCACAAACAACUGUAUCCGACAACGGCACCAUUUGCCACGGAGCCUCGAUCUAGUCAUUAGCGAGACAAAAUCUAUCGAGUUUUGAUGUCCGGUGAUAGGCCCGAUGAUGGCGGCGCCUUGGCCGUCUUGAUACAAUGUCUGAGAGCCCCAGAGCACUUACAGAUGGGCUCAAUGUGCUGAGCAGCUCAAGCCGAGCAAUAGGAUAAGCCCAAAAUUACAGAGCAUAUAUAGCCAUGGCUGCUUCAAUUCAGCUCAUCAGACCACUCCUGCAGUGCAUGUCACAUUUUAUUAUUGUUGAUGUGGCAUCCUUCUCGGUCUUGACAGGGGGAAGCCGAUUAACCCCGAUAUGUGCAGCUCUGUCCAUAACUGCCCACUGUUCUUAACCUUGUCCAAUUUGUGAAGGGAUGAAUGAGGACUGAUCCGGGUAACAGGUAAUUUCUGCUCAGCGCAUGCUAGAGUCAUUUUUAACCCUACCCUCAUGGAGUGCGAGAUGGGUAGCUUUGCGAAGUUUGCGCGUUGUUUCGCGACCGUUGGAUCCAGGGCCUUCCCCGCGGAGUUUCCGGGGCACGGAUUCCGUCCAACCAUCCUAUGUAGGGCAAUAUAUUUCGGAUCGGUUCGCUCCAAUCGGGCGAUUCGCGUAAAUCCAUUUCGUCAUAGAAGUAUCAAUGGGUAGCCACAGUUUCUUUCUUUAAAUACAAAUAUUGAAUAAUAUUCUUUUUUAUAAAAAAACAACCCACACACCCGCCAAGUCCAUGGAGGAUGGGAACCCGGGCGGCGAAGGGGCCGGUUGGGGAUUCCCCAGCCGCCAAACCGUCAAUCUGGCUGGCGCUUUUCUCACCAAUGGAGAGUUGUAGAGCUAAUGUCUGUAUGCCGCGGGGUUUCAUUCACUGGAUUGAUGAUUUGUUUGCUUGGGAUGCCACAUAUUGGCCCCAAGUCAGUCAAUAUUGCUAUGCAGAGUGCCUCAGUAUUGAGUGGGGACGCGCAGAAGCUUGUUUUCCUAGCGCCUAUGACGCAAUAGAGUCUUUGCCCACGGAGCUUUGGCAACCGCCAUUCUUCACCGUAGACAAUCCAUAACGCUGCACUUGUAGUGAGCCAAUUAGUCACAAAAUAUCGAAUACAAUGUCAUCCACAUACUCGACGCGACAGCGCAUCGUAAAUUCCGUCGGCGAAAAGGCCCAAGAGGUGAUGUGAGGCGCUUGUGUCACGACGCGUUUGCGCUCUCCGCUAAUCAGUCAAUUGCAGCAAGGAGGACUUCGGCAAGGCGAAAAAUGUUACUGUUCAGGCUGUAUCCAGUGGAGCCUACUUCUAUCCGAUCAAGGGCAUCUACUACUUUCUGGCUCAUCGAGAUCUCUGGAAGCCAUUGACGUCGAAGAUCGGACCGUACCUGACGCUUUCGGCGACAGUGCUGACAGGAAUGUUCACCUUUACCUUUAUCCCGCAAAUGACGAUGUUGUUCUUCGUCAAUGGACCCCUGGCCGUUGUGACGACGUCACUGCUGGUCCUUAGCGAGAGUUCGGCUAUUAUCAAUGGUAUUGCUCGAGGCUGGCUUCUCCAAGAGGGAAUUCUGGAUACAUUUGAUGCAACUCUGCUGUCUCGCAAUGCUACUGCAAUUGUCCGCGAGGGACGAGUCGUCACCAGCGGAGCCAACUCAAUGGCCAAGCUUGGCAAGAUUAUCAAGUCACCUUUUGACAAGUUCAGUCCAAAGGCCUUCGUCCGCUACCUCAUCUAUCUGCCAUUCAACUUUAUUCCCCUCGUUGGUACUGCCAUUUUUGUCUAUUUACAAGGCAAGAGUCGCGGCAGGCUAGUUCACGAACGCUACUUCCAGUUGAAGAAGUGGAACUCUUCGCAGAAAUCGGCGUGGCUGACUAGACACGUUGGGCCGUACACAGCUUUUGGUCUUGUGGCAACUGCGCUAGAAAUGGUGCCCGUUGCAUCCAUUUUCUUCACCUACACCAACACGGUCGGUGCCGCGCUGUGGGCCGCAGAUAUCGAGGCCAAUAAAUCGUUGGUGGAACGUGCCAUUGAGCUUCGCGAAACAACGCAGGGCGGGCGAGGCUGAAGGCGCUUAUCUGUGCGCAUUGGAGAUGCGAAUACGCAGCAGCGUUGCCAAGGCUUCCCGCCAACUGGCAGGUCCACCGUAUAGUCAAGAAUGGCCCCUCGCUCCACAAGCCGAGACGUCCGUAACAGUGGACAACAUAGUGUUUAAAACGACGUAGACCAAGGAAAAAAACAACAACCCCCUGUCAUGUUGCGCCUUGAUUAUCCCACG